AAUCUGAACUAGUGAAAUCGUGUUUGCAGGUCCAUGUGGAUGUAGGGCACAAUUGUGUCUGAACCACAUUAAUUUUUAUGUUCUGUUUAUUUACUUUAAGUAGAGUAUAACUGUGCCAACACAAGAUUUACAGUUGUAACUGAAUACUGUUUCCACAACUUAACUGUUACAACUUAGAUCAACUGAUUUCUAUAGGCAUAUAAAUCAACAAUUGGCAUCAAGAGCCUCUCACUAGAUAUACAUAGUGUGUGAUUUUGGGAAUUUGAUUUAUUUGCCAUUGAUUAUUCGUAGGUACUAUGAGUUCUCAUAUGGAAGGAGGUUCCACGACUCGCCCACCACUGCUCACGGGAACCAACUACUCCUAUUGGAAGACUAAGAUGAAGAUGUUCAUAAAGUCAAUGGAUGAAGAUGCAUGGCGAACAGUGUUAACUGGAUGGAAGCGACCCGUUGCCACAGAUGAGAAAGGGAUUGAAACUGAGAAGCAUGAGAAAGACUGGAGCAAAGCCGAACAAAUUGCAGCAAACAUGAAUUCCAAGGCCUUGAAUGCUAUAUUCAAUGGAAUUGAUAUCAAUCAAUUCAAAAUAAUCUCUGCGUGUGAGUGUGCUAAAGAAGCAUAGGAGAAACUCCAAACAGCGUACGAGGGAACUGCUUCAGUCAGACUAUCCAAACUUCAAAUGCUUGCCACCCGGUUUGAAGAUCUUCGUAUGGAAGAAAAUGAGACCGUGAGCGAAUUUAACUCCAAAUUAUGUGACAUAUCAAACGAAGCUCAUGGCCUCGGUGAAACUUAUCCUGAAGUUAAACUUGUACGAAAAGUGCUCAGAUCCAUGCCAGACAGAUUCGCGUACAAGAUCACUGCCAUAGAGGAAGCAAGUGAUGUGGACUCAUUGCGACUUGAGGAUCUGAUUGGAAAUCUACAAACUUUUGAAAAUAAGUUGAACAUCAGCAGAAUGGGCAAGGAAAGGAAAAUCGCUCUGCAAACUGUAUCGGACACCACAACAUCUGUGCCUACUGUUCCUAUGUCAGCACUUGAAGUCAAGCUCACAAAAUCCAUGUCCUUAAUAGCAAAAAAUUUCGGGAAAUUCAUCAAGAGAAAUGGACAUCCUACAAACUCUGGGAGAAAACCCAGGACCUCUACAGAUAAGCCAGAAGUCAAGAAGGGAAUUCGAUGUAGAGAAUGUCAUGGUUAUGGUCAUAUCCAAGCAGAAUGUGCUAACACUCUGAAAAAACAAGGAAAAUCACUUGCCACAACUUGGAGUGAUGACACCUCAGAGUCUGAUGAUGAAAGUGAAGCUAGUGACGAUGAUACAAACAAUGAUUUAUGUGGAACUUGCAGAAUCACAGAAGCCACACUUGAGGACAUCACGGGCACAGAACCGCCACAUCUCAGGUAUGUCACACAGGAAAAUGAAAAUUACGAAAAUCUAAAUAUGCCUUAUCUGUCCACAGGGAGUGACGAAUCAGAAGAUGAGGUGAAGAGUUCGUCCAACAAUUUCAAAAACAAUUGGAUGAUCUCCUGA